UCAUAAAGCAAAGCAUCUCAAGGUUACUUCUUCAGCAAUGGCUGCUGCUCUUCUGCCUCUCAUUGCAUCAUUCAUCAUCAUCUUCAACUCCUCAACACCACAGCCAUGGACAAGGCCAGUACUGACAUUGUUUUUGCUUCAAUGGUCAGCAAAGUCUUGCUAAUCCUUGCAUCAACCAUCUUCCAAGGUGUAGAAGGAACAAUCGGUGUAAAUUAUGGCACAGUGGCAAACAAUCUCCCUCCACCAGCCCAAGUUGCACAUUUCCUCUUAGAAUCAACCACCAUUAACAGGGUCAGGCUCUUUGACGCCAACCCUGAUAUAUUGCAGGCUUUUGCUCACACUGGGAUUGAGGUCACAAUCACUGUCCCUAAUGACCAAAUCCCCCACCUUACCAAUCUAAGCUUUGCUCAACAAUGGGUGAAAACCAAUGUAGAAUCUUACACACCCGCCACCGACCUAGUCCGAGUUUUGGUGGGCAACGAAGUGGUUUCCACAGCUAACAAGCAGUUAAUUGCAAGCCUUGUCCCGGCCAUGCAGACGCUUCACUCGGCACUUGUGGCAGCCUCUUUGGAAAGAAGCAUCAAGGUUUCUACACCCCAUUCUUUGGGCAUCUUGUCAUCCUCAAGCCCACCAUCCACUGGAAAGUUUAGACAAGGCUAUGACACCCAUGUGUUGAAACCAUUGCUCACCUUCCUUCGAGCCACAAACGCACCUUUUAUGGUAAACCCAUAUCCAUUUUUUGGCUGCUCGUCUGAAAAUCUGGAUUAUGCUCUUUUUAGGCCCAAUCCAGGGGUUCUUGAUGAGAACACUAAGCUUCUGUAUACAAACAUGUUGGAUGCACAAUUGGAUGCAGUCUUUUCGGCAUUGAAACUAUUGGGAUUUGAUGACAUCGAGAUUGUUAUAGCGGAAACGGGCUGGCCUUCUGAGGGAGACUCAUCCCAGGUUGGUGUUAGCCCAGAUAGCGCCGCCGAUUAUAAUUCAAAUCUGGUACGGCAUGUGAUGUCCGGAAACGGCACCCCGCUUAUGCCCAACCGGACAUUCGAGACAUAUGUUUUUGCACUAUUUAAUGAAAAUCUUAAGCCCGGCCCAACAUGCGAGAGGAAUUUUGGGUUGUUUCGACCGGAUAUGACACCUGUCUAUGAUGCUGGGAUCCUACGGCCCACGGCGAGGUCAACUAUUCCUACGAAUCGAGGCCCAGAUACAAGUUCAACCCCGGGGAUCCCACCAAUCAGCAGCAGCCCACUUCCCCGGGAGAAGGGAAAACAAUGGUGUGUGCCCAAGGCAGGGGCAGACCCAGAUGCUCUGCAAAGGAACAUAGAUUAUGUUUGUGGGUUGGGCUUAAGUUGUGGGCCGAUACAAGAAGGAGGCCCAUGUUUUAUGCCUAACACAGUUGGUGCCCAUGCAGCGUAUUCCAUGAAUUUGUUCUACCAAGUAAUGGGAAGGCACGAGUAUGAUUGCGAUUUUGACCAAACAGGGUCCAUCACGGAUGUGGAUCCAAGCUAUGGAAGGUGUGUGUAUUGAGACAAUGGGGUGAAUUUUGCAGUGAAAAGUGAAAACCCGGUUGCCAUAAUUCAGUGUUGCUACAUUUUGAUUCAGACAGUGUUUCUUGUCAUAGAUUUGUAGUGUUAGCCAGCCAUGAUUGUUUUUACAUGCUUGCCCAAAUUAAUUAAUGUUUGUAAAAGCUGUAAUACAUUUGUAAUAUCACGCUCUUCAG